AUGUACAGCUCCAUAAUCAAGCUCAGCUCGGAGAAUAAGAUCACCCGGGACAAGUGCUGGGGGCUGCAUCUCAUCGACUACAUGGACAGGGUCAUCUUGGACGAGGGUGGGCAAAUGGGGGGGUCUAAGGUUAACUUCCAGAAGGCCUCUUGCACCCUCGACGCCUCCGUCAAGAUCUACUCCCACAGGGUGGACGCCACGCACAUCAGCAGUUACUCCCUGCUGGACAACCUCAACCGCUCCGACAACGACAACGCCGACAAGGGUGCCGGUGCUGCCGUCGGGAGUUCUGAGCGGUCGACCCGAUUGGGCGUCCACGAGACGCUCAAGAAGCCCGAGCAGCUCGACCAGAGCGAGACAGACCGCGCCUUCAAGAUGGACCCGAUGUUCCACAAGAUGAGCAAGAUUUUCGACGAGGCGGGUUCAAAGGGCAUGCUGCUGAACAACCUGAGCGUGAGCGACGGGUGCAAGGUCUCGUUCGACUCCGAAUCGUCGGCUGCUGCCACGGCCCCGCCUUCUCCGGAGGGAGCGGAGGAUCAGCCUAGGCGGGAGAAGGUUUUCAGGAAGCCGGAAGACGUGGAAGACGGCGAGGAGAGCAAGGAUGGCGAAACCCCUACCGGGGAGGAAGCAGGGGAGCAACACCCAGCGGCGGCAGAAGCGGCCGGAGGAAUGACAAACAUCAAGGACCUCCGUUCGACGCUCUUCUCCCUCUGCGGAGACUUGUCGACGUUGGCCCUAUGCCCCCAGCUGGAAGAGUUCCGCGACCAGAUCGCGGAGAUAGAAGAAGAAACUCACAAGGACAGCGGCGAAGCAGCCGCUCCGCGUGCCGGAAGGGGAGGGGCGCGUGGUGAUGGUGCGGCGGUAAGCUACGACACAGACGACUCUGACGGAGGAGGCGGGGGGGGAGGUUUCGACAACGUCCCCGGGUUGGACGACGCCUCUGUGGAUGGCGGGGGAGAUUUCGGGGGAGGCGGUGAUGACGGGGGGCAUGACUUCAACCUCGGUGGUGGUGGUGCUGAUGACGACGAUGCGGACCCCUUCCAGGCUGACAACGGGGGUGGGUUCGGCGGCGGCGGCGGGACCUCUUUCCUUGUGGACGGUGAUGGGGAGAUCGGGGCUGGGCUUGGUUCUGGCGGCGGUGCGGGCUCUUCGGAGUCGGGUGGGGUGGGUGGGGGGGGGGUGGGGGUGACGCCGGUUACCCUUGAGGAUAGGCUUUGCGUCGACAUGAAGAUUGUGAACGACGACUACGCAUUCUACGACACCGGCGCCCUUGCGGCGGCAGCGGCCACGUCCAGCAACAACACCUGGGCCGGCGCCUCGCAUUGGAAGUUCGUCGGCGUCAAGAAGAAGCGGCCGGCGCGCAACAAGCGCGGGCAGGGAGGUGGCGGGAUGGGACCCGAUGGGGAGCCGAUGGUCGACGAGGAUGGCAAUGAGCUGGACUCCGGGGAUGCCGUGGGAGGGCGCAAGGCCAGGGGCAAGCGGCGGCCUCCGGCGAUCGACUUCGACGCAGCGCCUGUCGCAGAGAGCGCCCUGGCACCACCGGCUAAACCCAAGUCUCGGGGGCGGCGAUCGCAAGAGCCGACCCUGCUCUCCGAGGACUACGUCAAGAGGGCAUUUAAGGCGGCGGAGGAUGGCUCGUCGAACUACGCCCUGCCAGAGAACGCCAGGUUUAAGACCAAGGACCUGGGAGAGCUCUUCCUGCGGACGGGAGCUUUCACUAAGCGUUGGGCGGCCGGGGAGGCGGGAGAGGCGUCGGAAGGGGCAAGGGUCGACCUUCAAGGAUUUCACGAUACCAACAACAACGGCGGUGGGAGUGAGGACGACCUUCUCUUUGCCGACGCCGACGAUGGCUACGGCGGCGGCGACGACUUGGACGACGACGACGAUGAUGACGAUGACGGGGGUUUCCAGUUCGGCGGAGGCGGUUUUGAAGCGGGCGGGGGCGACGACAACGGCGGCGGCGGUGGCGGCGGCGGCGGAAUCGGGGCGGAGGUUGACGCGGACGGCGUAUUUGUCGACAACUUUGAGGGGCAAGGGUUGCUGGCUGCCGGCCGCCGAGUGGAGAAGAUCAGCGUAAACUACGCGAAGAAGGCGAAAAGGGUGGACGUCCGGCGCCUCAAGGGGGACCUGUGGCGCAAGAUCAACACGGAGUUCCAGUCGGACGCGGCGGUGGUGGACGUUGAUGGGGGUGAGGGGGGUGGAGGGGCCGAGAACCCUUCGGAGGGGGAGGAGGAGGUGGAGAACAAGGAUGUCGAGUCGAAGUCGCCGGCAGAUGGUGGCGACAAAGGGGAGGAGGAAGCGGAGGACGUGGUCAAGCCGGCUCCUGAGGUGGUGGACAUGACCUUCUCCAACAUCGUUUGCGACGUGGCCUCGAAAGAGGAACAGACGGGCGUUACCGUUUCGUUCUACUUCAUCUGCCUCCUUCACCUGGCCAACGAGAAGGGGCUGAAGCUGGAGGGGCGAGACGACCUCUUGGACUUUUCGGUGGCAAGCGACCCUGUCAAGGAAGGCUCGUGCUAA